AUGGCGGUGUUAGCUUUACAUCUCGGCUUUGGUUCGGCGGUUGUCCUCUUUCUUGUCUGUGUUUCAUUGUCCCUGGUGUGGGAGGGACCGAACAGAGCCGAAGCUCUACGGCCUUCCCUGGCCAGCGGCCUCCAUUUAUGGGAGUCGGAAGCAGAUGCGAAUGAAUACCCAGGUUCUCGAAACUUUUCCGGUGAUGGCAGCCUCAAUGAUGUCGCCACACUUGAAGAUGGAGACGAUGAAGAUGACGAUGUCAACGAUAUGCCCUCGUUCGUCCAGAAAAAAAACAAGGAUGACGCAAAGGACUACGAUAAUGUCGUUCGCGCGGCUGCCAGAAUAGCAAAGCUAGACCCUGAGGAAACUCUGGGGCGAUGGCGCGCGGAACAAGAGCGAGGGACAGAGGCUACAGAUUUUAUGGACAAAAUUCUCGGAACUAAAAAUGUAAAAGUCACCGACGAAGAACGACAGAGGAUCAAGCCUUUUGCCCAGCAGCAGCAUCUGGACGCCGACCAAACGAUCGCCCUAUGGAAGAAAUUUAAAAAAGAGCAUCAUUCUAUCGAGAGCUUCAUUGGCCACGUCAAGCAGCGUAGGUCUCUACCCGGGGGCAGGGUAUCAUCGCCUAUUCCGCGCGCUUCUCCGCUGCCGUUGCGUUCACCCCUUAUUGAGGUGUGCUCUGUGAGAUCCUAG